AUGGAUGAUCACGCUUCACCCGCAAUGCAACCAAGUCCAGAAGAAACAGUCGAGAUUUCACUCCAUCUCCUCCGCUGGCUUCUCCAUGAACUCGAUGAAUGUGCAACAUCCUUGUAUGCCGAGAUGGUCCGACCGAGCACGAGCACGAGCACGACUACAAGCGAUAGCCCAGGCCCAAGCGCAGCGCAUCUCCAUGGACACGAUACCACCCGUCUGCCCUCGACGGAUUUCCAACCCUACUCGAAGAUGCCGUCGCCGGGGUUAGCUGUCCCCGACGACUUUCGCGUCUCACUCGACGGCGCCGAAGUUGAGAGACUGGCCACAUGUGCGCUCACCGCCACCCGGGCUCUCUUGGUGAGAUAUCACCAACUCCAAGAUCGGUGGAGGGCGGUCAAUCUGCAGAGCCGACAGGCACAGGAAGCAGGGAUGGACCUGGUUACGGGACUGUGGAACGAGCUACACCGGGUUCAGAACGGGUCGUGGGAUGACGCCGGAGCCCUCAAGCGGAGUAUUCAGGGAGCGAUCGAUCGGCUUGUGGACAGAUAUCUCAAAGCUGUGAAAGCUGCCGAGGGAGGGUGA